GCAUACAUCUCUAAUUUUAUUAUUUUGGUCUUUUCGUUGGAUUUUCCCUUUCUUCUUUUUUUCGGGUUAUCGCUCAGUUUUGAGCAGAGGUUUACAUUUUUUACAAAUUUGCUUUCCAGCCCGCCUUGAUCUUCUAAGUGCGAGUUCAUCGUCCGAGAAAAAAAAAAUCUCUGGUUGGCGUUUUUGUUUCUUUUCUUUUUCUUUCUUUUCUUUUUUUUUUUUUUUUAAUUUUUUUUUUCAAGGGGGAGGAGAUUUUCCACAAGAAAAGGUUGUUUUCAUGUUUGGGAUUCAGGAAAGCAUCCAACGGAGUGGAAGCAGCAUGAAGGAAGAGCCGCUGGGCAGCGGCAUGAACGCGGUGCGGACGUGGAUGCAGGGCGCCGGGGUGCUGGACGCCAACACGGCGGCGCAGAGCGGGGUGGGUCUGGCCCGGGCUCACUUUGAGAAGCAGCCACCUUCCAAUCUGCGGAAAUCCAACUUCUUCCACUUCGUCCUGGCCCUCUACGACAGACAGGGCCAGCCCGUGGAGAUCGAGAGGACAGCGUUUGUGGGGUUCGUGGAGAAGGAAAAAGAAGCCAACAGCGAAAAGACCAAUAACGGAAUUCACUACCGGCUUCAGCUUCUCUACAGCAAUGGGAUAAGGACGGAGCAGGAUUUCUACGUGCGCCUCAUUGACUCCAUGACAAAACAAGCCAUAGUGUAUGAAGGCCAAGACAAGAACCCAGAAAUGUGCCGAGUUUUGCUCACACAUGAGAUCAUGUGCAGCCGCUGUUGUGACAAGAAAAGCUGUGGCAACCGAAAUGAGACUCCCUCAGAUCCAGUGAUAAUUGACAGGUUCUUCUUGAAAUUCUUCCUCAAGUGUAACCAAAAUUGCCUAAAGAAUGCAGGAAACCCACGUGACAUGCGGAGAUUCCAGGUCGUGGUGUCUACGACAGUCAAUGUGGAUGGCCAUGUCCUGGCAGUCUCUGAUAACAUGUUUGUCCAUAAUAAUUCCAAGCAUGGGCGGAGGGCUCGGAGGCUUGACCCCUCGGAAGGUACGCCCUCUUAUCUGGAACAUGCAGCUACUCCCUGUAUCAAAGCCAUCAGCCCGAGUGAAGGAUGGACGACGGGAGGCGCGACUGUGAUCAUCAUAGGGGACAAUUUCUUUGAUGGGUUACAGGUCAUAUUCGGUACCAUGCUGGUCUGGAGUGAGUUGAUCACUCCUCAUGCCAUCCGUGUGCAGACCCCUCCUCGGCACAUCCCUGGUGUUGUGGAAGUCACACUGUCCUACAAAUCUAAGCAGUUCUGCAAAGGAACACCAGGGAGAUUCAUUUACACAGCGCUCAACGAACCCACCAUCGAUUAUGGUUUCCAGAGGUUACAGAAGGUCAUUCCUCGGCACCCUGGUGACCCUGAGCGUUUGCCAAAGGAAGUAAUACUUAAAAGGGCUGCGGAUCUGGUAGAAGCUCUGUAUGGGAUGCCACACAACAACCAGGAAAUCAUUCUGAAGAGAGCGGCCGACAUUGCCGAGGCCCUGUACAGUGUUCCCCGCAACCACAACCAACUCCCGGCCCUUGCUAACACCUCGGUCCACGCAGGGAUGAUGGGUGUGAAUUCGUUCAGUGGACAACUGGCUGUGAAUGUCUCUGAGGCAUCACAAGCCACCAAUCAGGGUUUCACCCGCAACUCAAGCAGUGUGUCACCACACGGGUACGUGCCGAGCACCACUCCCCAGCAGACCAACUAUAACUCCGUCACCACGAGCAUGAAUGGAUACGGCUCUGCCGCCAUGUCCAAUUUGGGCGGCUCCCCCACCUUCCUCAACGGCUCAGCUGCCAACUCGCCCUAUGCCAUAGUGCCAUCCAGCCCCACCAUGGCCUCCUCCACAAGUCUCCCCUCCAACUGCAGCAGCUCCUCGGGCAUCUUCUCCUUUUCACCAGCCAACAUGGUCUCAGCCGUGAAACAGAAGAGUGCUUUUGCACCAGUCGUCAGACCCCAGACCUCCCCACCUCCCACCUGCACCAGCACCAACGGGAACAGCCUGCAAGCGAUAUCUGGCAUGAUUGUUCCUCCUAUGUGAAAGAAUUGCCUUGAAGAAUUGUAUUAAUGAAGAGGUUGGAUUCUGCUACAGAGAGUAAUCUGAUACAAGUCCCAGAGUGGAACUUUUAACUCAGGCCUUUUUAAGAGGAAUCACAAUAACUGCAGAUUUUUAAACAAAAUCACCGACCUUGCAAAUACUGAAAUUGGAAGAGGGAUCUGCAAGUGCAGAGUGUUGGUUAAAGUUGUACCUCCCAAGUAUUUGGGGGAUAUAUUUAUUCUGUAUUGACAAAAGCAAAUCCACUUUUUCUCUUUUUUUUUUUUUAAGCUUAAUUCUGCAAUCAUUUGUCUUUUAUAAACCGUAAAGCUGUAUACAAGGGACACUAUAAAUAAGACUUCAUGUUUUAAUUUAUGAUGUUUUUAAAGCUGUGUAAAGGAAGAAUGAAGUGGUGAUAUUUACAAAAAAGUAAAAAAAAGAAAAGAAAAAAAAAAAAAGCUUGUAUGGGACAGAAUAGGAAUGCCAGUUAGAUUUUUUAGAAAAACUAAGGGUCGGCUUUUGCGCCUUAAAGCAUAUCAAAUGGUAGUUAGCUCAGACAGUGCAUUUUCAAUAUCUAACUUAACAUGCCACCCCUUAGCAGUGCAAGCUUAUUUCUCUCUUUUGUAUUGUUGUCUUAAUUAACUGUGUAAAUAAAUGCAGCCUGGAAAGUUAAAACACGAUGUAAGUGAUCACAUUUUUCCCUCUACUCGAAAAUCCAGUGCCUCUAGACAGAUUGUUAAAACUGCAUAUUUAAAUCUGAUCUCAUUCUCUCCUUUUACUUAAGUCAGUUUCUUCUGAAGCCGAUGGCCUCUCGAGAGCUUGGUGGCACACAUACUGUGUGAGAAUCUCCUUUGAGACUUCAUGGAACAGGGUCCAGGCACAGAAUUCCACACUCUGCCCUCCAGUUAACAAGCCAAAACCUCACGUACACUCCCCCAUUUGCAAGUUUAAAGUUUACUCGUCCUAAAUGCCGACUUCAUACCUAUCUUCCAAAAGUUGACAAAAGCAACGUGGCAGGUAUUUCGAUUUUCCCAUUCAAGAUACUGCCUCUAUCAGUCGACCCUUACCAUUUGUAAAAUAAUAGAUUAAAACAACAGGUUAAGUGCUUUGGAAUUAAGAGUUAAAGGGAACGGGGAAAGGAAAGGAAGGUUGAGACCUCCAAAACAUAGUUUUCUGUUCUAUGGGAAUUUUUGCUCUCGUUAUCUGGGAAGUGUUCUUAAAAAUAACAAUUAAUAGCAAAGAUGCAGCAAAGCUCUGAGGAUGCAUUUGCCUGAUAUUUUUUUCUUUGCUCUUGUGUUUUUGUAUGUAGUUAUAAAUACUGUAGAUUUUUUUUUGUGAUUUUUUUUUUGCCAAAGUUGUUGUUCUAUUUAUACAUUUUAAUGUCUUAAGACAUUUUUUUCAAUAUCACAAAAAGAUUUUACUGCAUAUUUUGCAAAGAAAAAAAAAGCUCACUACCUUUAGCUUGCACAUACUUGCAAAGUUAAUUAAAAGGCUUUUUGUUUUAAAGGGGAUUUUGUAAAAUAUCCAUAUAAAUAAUGUAUUUAUCUUUCGAAUUUGUACAUUGCUUUUCCCUUCUUCCUCUUCCUCCCACCCCCAAUUUAUUUUAUUGUGUAUGUUUGCUAUGUGAAAAGUGCGUAUUUGUUUGGUCACCUACACUUGUAUUAGCUGUUUCAAUGUGAUUUUUAAACAUUUCAUUUAUAGUUAUUUUUAGUAUUGUUAUAAACCAUGCUUCAGUUUUUUUAAAUUUCCACCCAAAAGUCAUUGUCUAUUUUUGUAUUAUUUGUAAGUUAAGAAGUUUUUUCCAAUAUAUGGCAAAAAAAAAAGUAGCAUAUUAUUCUUGUAGUAUUUAGUUCAGUAGAUUUAAAAAAAAAAUGUAUCCUUUGCUUUGGAAGCUUACAAAACAACCCUAAUGCUGUUUUACUCUAUUAAUAUGCAUGGAAUAUCUCCCUUUGGAGUGACGCAUUUUGUGCAUUAAAUUCUAGGGAGAAACUUCAUAGAAAUCAAUGAACAUACUUUCGUUCUUAAGUCUGCUUGUAUAUUUCCUCUGUCUUUCACAUAAAUAUAAACCAGCAGAUUGGAUGCCUUAACAAUGCAAAUCAUAUUCAUUUCACUUGUACAUUGUAACUGUGCACCAGAACUGUCAGUCAUCACGAACAUUCUAAGAAAAAAGAAAAAGAAAAAAAGAAAAAAAAAAAAACAAAUCGAAAAGCACAAAAGAACUGUUUUUGUUACCUUAAGACAAUGUAACUUUUUCUAGUAGAGCAAGAAAUCAUUUACAACAAUGCUGCAACUGUGCAUGCCCCCAUAUGGAUUUUGCAAUGGUUUUCACUAGACUGUCAGAGUGCGAUUUUUAUGGGUUGGGGUGGGUGGGGGAGGGGAGUUGUGGGAGGGUAAGGGAGGGAGGAAAGCUGAUUUUUCAUGGUGAGAAAUAAUAAUGAUGACUAAUAAUAAUUAAAAAACUGGAAAACGUAAGCAAGGUGGACGCAUUGCUUCUCGGUACUCAGAAAGGUUAUCUGAAUUUGCGUAGUAAGCGCUGGCCUGAAGAUGUACACAAGUUAAAGCCAUAUUUUGUCUGGUGAGCCCCUUAGCUGUUUCUGAAGGAAUGAACGGUCAGUCGGGAAGGUGUCCGGCUUAGACCUUGACAACAGACGCUACCCAUCUGUCAGCCAUGUGAAGUGGUUAGAACUCUUCUUGAAAGUCCAAAGAGCCUUUAAAAUGUGUAUAAUUUGUGUUUUGUUGCUUCUAUUUCUAUUGAUUAGAUGAAAAGACAUUCUGGCCCUCUGAUCCUCUUUCUUCUCCAGAAAAGUUUCACAAAUAAAAGAUGUUCCCCUAAAUACAGAAUAUGGCUUUAAGAAGAAAAUGAAAUGAAGAAUUAAAUUAAGAUUUCAGUGUUGGGGGAAAAAUACAGCUUCUGGAUGACUGGAUUGCAUAACAUUGCCCUGGCCUCACAUUGUACUAGGAUGCAGCUUAAAUGAAGUCAUCUCUAAAUCUACUAACCUUUCACCUUCUUAUCAAAAGUUUUUGAAUAGACACACACUGUACAGUUCAAUUGUUAGAGAACCUAACUACUGUAGAGAUUGUUAUAAUUUUUUUUUUUUUUUUUGCAAAAAUUCAAGCUGUAAAAACUUUUCAACUUUCACAAUAUUUAAUUAAAGUUACUUCCUGUCUGUGAUGGCA